UCCAGGUCCAACUUCAGCAAUGGCUACGACUGUGCAAACAAUUCUAGUGCCCCACAAUCAUGAGCAUAAGAAUCUUCCCGUAUACGAGCAAGUUCCAGAGACCAAAUACGAACUUGAGUGGGCAGAUUUGGUUACACUUGAUCUUUCUAAGUUUGACCAGCCAGGGGGUAAAGAAGCACUCGCGAAACAGCUAUUUGAUGCCAUUCAGAACAUUGGUUUCUUCUAUAUUGUCAACUUCGGCUUGAGUCAAGAAGAUGUAGACCGUCAAUUCGCGAUUGGGAAGUCUGUCUUCGAGCUGCCCACCGAUGAAAAGCUCAAGUACCGUGCCGACCUGGAAAACGGUGGCUACAAUGGCUACAAACCUUUUGGCUUGAGGGAAAUCCGUCCUGGCGUUUUUGACAACACUGAGAUCUUCAACAUCCCAAAAUUCAUUCCUGCCUACGAGCGUCCACAGCCCGAGGUAAUCAACGAAAACAGAGCAGGCAUUGAGCAUUUCGCACGUCACAUUCAUAACAAUAUUGUGCAAAAGCUCCUUACACUUUUUGCUAUUGUGCUAGAGCUACCAGAAGACCAUUUCGCCGCCCGACAUCGCUACGACGAGGCUUUGUCGGACUGUCACUUAAGAUACAUGAAGUACCACGCGCGAGAUGCGCAUACCAACGAGAGACUGGAUAACGUUUGGGUCAAAGGUCACACUGACUUCGGAAGUUUAACUCUUCUUUUCAGGCAACCUGUCGCAGCUCUCCAGGUGCGAGGUAUAGAUGGUAAUUGGAAAUGGGUCAAACCAUAUGACGGUAGCAUCACUGUAAAUGUGGCCGAUGCGCUGGAGUUUCUCAGCAAUGGGUUCCUGAAGAGCAGCAUUCAUCGCGUCGUUGCCCCUCCCCCAGAUCAGGCGGGCAUUGAUCGCCUAGGUGUACUUUACUUCGUACGGCCUGAAGACAGUCUUGAGCUGAGACCAGUCCAGAGCAAGGUUCUAAAAAGACUUGGCUACAACGAGAACGAGAACGCGGCUUUGACUGGACUUACAGCCGGUGAAUGGGUGAAGGCCCGGGUAAGGGCCGGAGUCAAUCGCAACCAAGCUAGAAGCGAGGUCUCUGAGCAGGAGAUUGUGAGAGGCGUGAAAGCCAAGUAUUACGACUGA